GGGAGUUGUGUGGGUAGGCGUGAGCCGCACCGUUUGAAGAGUGAACAUGGUCGUUGCUUUUGGCAACUUAAACGUCCGUGGCAAGAAACAUGGCGCGCUCUCCCGUUGAAGGGUCGUCUCAGUUCGAAGCGUGGACGCGGGCAACCCCUCCUCCUCCUCCUCCUUCUGUUGGUGUGGAUGUCUCUGACUACUCAGCCCUCCAUUCGGCCUUUUCAUCUUCCUCUGUUUGUUACCACCGUUCGAGCACGGAAUUUGAUCUCUUGUUAUAUGGGGUGCCGGAUUUCUGUGAGAUUAUCGUACGAGUCUGGCCCCGGAUUUUGUUGAAAUCGAUGCGUCUAAAAUUGGAGAAUUAUGCGUGGUUAUUACCGUAGGCCAUCAUGCCGUCGUCUACGACAGUUGCUUUGGAUCGACUUUGGAAUCCAGCCUGAAACAUCCUGUCUGCAGUUCUCCGCAAGUUAAGAUGGAGAAGAAGACUCCUCCAUUUGGUAAUAAAGCCGCACAUGCUUUUGGCUCACCAGCUUUAUACAGGACUCCUGAGAGGACGCCGAUUCCAGAUUGCUCUUCAUCUUUUCCUCCGUCCCCAUAUGUUAUAAAUCACAAGAGACGUGGGGCUAGCUUAUCAAGGGAUUCUUCUCGUAUUGAUGUAGCUGCAUCCUGUUCCAAGGAGAAAAAUAAGGUAGAAGCAGGAAAGGAGAAAAGUACGGUGAGUUCAGAAAACAAUUACGGUGUCUCAAUUAUUGAGGCGAAUGGACAGCAAAAUGACAGUGAAACCAAAGAAGCCUCGGAAGCGGUCUCUGUUGGUUACCUUGACAAAGAAACAACCACAAAGAACUUUGCAGAUGAGUGCUGGAAGGAUAACAGCACCUGCAAAGAGCUAAUUGAUGAUGAGGCUUCUACAGAAGAUCUACCUUUUUGUGCUGAUAAGCACGGGGAGAGUGAAGAUUUUUUUGAUCCUCAGGAUUCAGUGAGUGUUUCGAGCAGCUUUGAGGUAGAAGAUCAGAAUAGCUUGGAACGUCCAUGUAGGAACCCAUCACAAGCAGGGGAGUACUAUGAUGCCUAUGAAGAACUUUCUAGUGAUGGUGCUUCAACACCAAUGCCAAACACUUACUCUCAAGCAAUACAAAAGGAAUUGCGUGCAGUGCGAUUGGAUCUGUUGAUGGAAGUAGAGAAGCGGAAGCAGGCAGAACAGACUUUUGAUAAUAUGAAAAACCAGUGGCAGAGAGUGCACCAGGAGUUGUCGGCUGCUGGUAUCCUGCUUCCUGCCAUCCCUGCCAUUGCUGUGCCAGGGAACGGAGCUGCUGAGUUUGAUCUUGCUGAAGAACUCAAACAAGAGGUCACUGUCAUAAGACUCGUGGCUGAUGCCAUUGGUAGGGGUUGUGCUCGGGCUGAAGUUGAGGCAGAAAUAGGACCUAAAAUUGAGUCUAAAGAUUUUGAGAUUUCUCGAUUAAGAGAUCGAAUACAGUAUUAUGAAACAGUAAUCCAUGAGAUGUCACGAAGGAACCAAGAGGCAGUUGAUAUGGCAAGGAGGCAGCGGUUUAGAAGGAUGAGAAGACAAAAAUGGAUUUGGUGUUCCAUUGGCCUUGUUGCCACCAUUGGAGCUGCUGCUGCCAUUGCAUGGACCCUUGUCCCAAGCGCCAGCAACUAUUGGACGUCCAGGACAGCUGUGAUAUCCGAAGACGGAACUGCAGAGAAAAAAUAGGGCUUGUCGGUCUUUGUGAUUGCAGGAAAGCUAGAAGCGUUGUACAUCCUACUUGUCGGCAUAGCAUACUCUCAGCUGAACUAGAAAACCAACAAGAUUGUAGAUUCAGAAGUCGAUCACUUUCUAUCUGAAGUCCUAUUUUUCAUUUUUUUUCCCCAUGGUGUUCUGCUGGCUUCUUCUGCAGUUUCAAAAGCUGUAUGUGUGGCCUUUAAGCCCCUGAAUUCUGUACAUGUUUCUUGGCAGCUGUGUUUUCCUUCUUGAAGAAUUAACAUGAAAAUAGAUAGCUCUGUAACUCUCA